AUGCUGUACCGCCAGUGGCGCGAUAGUUGCGACGGCGUCCGCCAGGGCGAUUCCAACGCGCAGCUCAGGGCCGCACUGGAGGGCAGGUCAUCGCAGCUCGAAGAGAAGGCGGCGGCGAGGGAGACGGCGGCGAGGGAGCACGCCGCAUUCGAGGUGAUGUACGAGGCGGAGCGACUUAAGAAGGAGGAGAGGCACGCGCGUGAGAUGGCGGACAUCAAGAAAAAAGCGGACGAAGCCGUGCGGGUGCUGGACCAGCAGGUGGCUGAGAACCGUAAGCUUCGUGCGGAGAAGGCUGAAGCUGCCAAGCGCGAGGUCGAGGAGAUGAAGUCGCGGUGGGCGGCGGAGGAGGCGCGACACGACGCAGACAUCGCCGCCAAGUUGGCGAAGAACAUGAGGAUCGGCGAGGAACUCAAGGCGUUCAAAGCAGCGCGUCAGGCUGAGCUCGCGGCGAUCAAGGAACGCGAGGAGGCGAUCAACCGGGAGCUCCUGGAGGAGGCCAUGCGGCAGAAGGCCGAGGAGGAGGCGAGGGAGGCUGAGCUGAAGGAGCGCAAGAAGGAGCAGGCUCUUUAUGAGGCGAAGCGCCAAGCUGAGAAGGAUCGUGCCGAGGCGGCGAGGGCAAAGCUCAUGGCAGAGGUGCAUGCCGAUCGGGAGCGACAGCUGGCGCAGCACGCGAUUGCGCGAGAAAUGGCUGCUGAGGCCAAGAUCACCGAUAAAUUGCGAAUGCGCAAAGAACUCGCGGAGAUGGACGCGGUCGAGGAGGAGCACAAAGCCAGAGUUCACGCGCAGCGCAUGAAGAACAGGCUCGACAUCGAGGCGCAGAUUCAGUACAAGGACUCCCUCGCGAGGAAGCAGAAGGAGGACGCGCGACAGGCAUGGGAGGGCGCACUUCAGGCGGAGAAGGACUACCAGUCUAUGAUUGACUUUGACGCCGCGCAGGCGAGACCCGCUGUGCCCAACUACGGCAGGAAGAGCACAGCAUGGUACCAUUGAUGAAUAAUAAACGCAAAUAUUUCACAUGUGCUA